AUGCCUCCGGGGAUGGUGCGUUGUGUUUCAGUGUUAGCAGUCCAAACGCUGCUAUCACUCCUGCUGCUCGCCGCAGGGCCCUUCACCUCACUACAGAGCGGUCUCGUCGGAGCAUCAGAGUCCUUCCCCUCCAGUGAUUACCCCACCUUUAUGCGCAAUGACACUCUGUUUGAGCACUUGGCCCUGCACCCGGACCCCGCUGUGAGUCGGGUCUACGUCGGGGCCCGGGAUCACCUGUUCCAGUUGGAUCGAUUCCUCCAGUAUGAUGGCCACGCUGCCACUGGACCCGUCACAGACAGCAGGGAGUGCUUACCCCCCGUGACUGAGGUGAACUGCCCUCAGGCCAGGGCAACCAGCAACCACAACAAGCUCCUGCUGGUGGACCCUUACUCCAUGGAGCUCAUCACGUGCGGGAGUGUCAACCAAGGAAUCUGCCAGAAACGAAGUCUGGACUCUGUGGAUGUUGUACUUUUCUCCACAGAGAGGCCGGUGGAUACUCAAUAUGUAGCAGCCAAUCACCCUAACGUUAGCACCGUGGGGCUCGUGGUGCGCUCUCAUCCUGACAAGCAGCCUCUUCUGUUUGUGGGACGGGGCUACACCAGCAGCCACCCUCCUAUUUCCACGCGUAACCUCGCCCAGGAGCCCAUCUUUUCCUACGAGGAAACCGCCAAGUUAGCCGUGGCCGGUCGUCUCUCAGAAUACGACCAUCACUUUGUAGCGUCUUUCACCCACCGCCAGCACGUGUACUUCCUCUUCUACAGGCGGGAUUUAAAGUCGCAGUCGCGGGAGUACCGCACCUACGUAUCUUGCGUUUGCUUGGAGGACCAGGCGUACUACUCCUACGUGGAAGUUCCUCUGACGUGUCGACAGGCGGGAAAAAUAUACAACCUCCUGCAAGCGGUCCAGCUCGGGCUCACCGAGGCGGGCGACGGGACUCUUCUCGGCGUCUUCUCCACUCGUUUGACUUCAUCGACUCGUCCCAGCGAGGACUCGGCCCUCUGCAUGUUCAACCUGGAGGAUGUGGACCGCAGGAUUAACUCCACCAGGGACCUGUGCUACACACAGAUGGGCAAAGAGUCAGGAGUGGAGGCGGCGUACAUCGAGUACGAAGUCAAAUCCAACUGUGCCAACCUGCCAGAGAACACUCUGGAAGCGUACCCCUGCGGCUCCGAUCACACCCCCAGCCCGAUGGCCAGCAGGAUCGCCGUAGAGGCUGAAACCAUCCUGGACAGCCCGUCUGCUCGUCUCACUGCUGUGGCCGUCAGCGUGAGGGCGGGACAUACCAUCGCCUUCCUGGGGGACUCUAAGGGGAACCUGCACAAGGUGUUCCUGGGGCCAAACGGUGAGGUAGAGGAGUAUUCUGUCAUCUCCAUCCAGCAGAACGCAGCCAUCAGUUCGGACCUGAUCCUGGACCAGAACGAGGAGCAUCUCUUCAUCAUGACUCAUAACAUGCUGCAGAAGAGGCCCGUGGCUGAAUGCCAGCAGCAUCCAGACUGCCACUCCUGCCUGCUCGGACACGACCCCUACUGUGGCUGGUGCGUCCUGGAGGGAAGGUGUGCGUUGCAGUCAGAGUGUUCUCGUGGGAAGCAGCCCGGCCAGUGGUUGUGGAGCUUUGACAUGGAGCAGCAGUGCCUGACCAUCCAGGACCUGAACCCGUCCAACAUCAGCCGGGAGGAGAGCAGGACGGUGUCUCUGUCUGUCCCAGGACUUCCUGUUUUGGAGAAAGACGAGUAUUACUCUUGCUACUUCCAGGACGUCCACAGUCCCGCCAUCGUCACAGCAACUGGGGUCCACUGCCAUUCUCCGGACACCCGCCGUGUACCCACGGUGCCUCCAGGACAGGACUUCGUCACGGUCCCCCUGUCCCUUCGCUUCGGGGACGUCACCGUCACAGCGAGGGAUUUCACCUUCUACGACUGUACGGCCGUAAAGCAGCUGUCUGGCAGCAUGCCCUGUCGUGGUUGUGUUACGAGCAGAUGGGGCUGUAACUGGUGCGUUCACCAGCACCUGUGUACCCACAAGCCCACCUGUGAGGAGGGGGUGGUCAUCUACAACCACCAUUUUAAACUCCCCACCUCAGCUCCUCCCACCACCAAACCUAUUAAAGUCAUCACAACAUCCACUACCACAACGGCCGCCCCAACCACCGCCGCCAUGACAACAACAACACAAACAACCACCGUUACUACGCCCACGACAACUGCCGCCCCUGUUACUGUAGCAACCACUCAGGAGCCGACCACCACUCCCGCACCCACAACCCCACCUACGACUACUACAACCACCACCACCACCACCACCACCACCCCUGAGCCGACGACCCCACCCACCACCCUGCCAACUCAGCCGGCCACCACCCUGCCCUCCACUACACCUGCACCUACCACACCUCCCCCUCCAGAGGUUACCACGGCGAUGGAAGACGAGACUGAAGCAAGGGAGCAUGUCGUUACACUAAGUUACACUGAAGGCGACGCGGUGACACCCACCGUCCUCAUGGGUGCCGUAGAUCCUGUAACAGCAGCUGAAGGCUUAAGCGAAGAUCUGGAUCCUGUGAUGCCUUUGAUUAUCCCGCCUCAAGAUCCUGACUCCCCCGACCUGGACGUCGUGACUGAAUCGCCCACCAGCGACGCCCAGGAAGCCGAGGGAGCUUUUAGCCUGGCAGAGCCUCCCACUCCGACCUCAUCCGGCUUUCCCCUUCCACUGCCCUUCCCGAUGGGCGAACCCGACGACCCUGAGCCCUCCCUCUACCUGGAUCUGACCCUCGCUCCCACUCCAGGACCGACACAGGACUCUCAGACUAAAAGCCCAGAAGCCCCCUCGGAUGAGCUCCUAAUGCCUGAAAAAGAAGACCCAGAUGUCCACGCCGAGCCGGAAAACGACACGACCUCGUUUUCGGCGGCUGCUGUGUUGUCAGGUGACGGUGAGGUCGACCACGCCCCCCCAUCCUACCUACAACUGAUGGAUUCUGACUCAGAGCUGGACUACCAGUACGAUCCAGCUGACGCCUUCCUCCCGGGGGAUGAGGGCUCUUAUGUCAGCUGGGGCUCCUCAGCUUGUCCCUGCGUGGAGAAGGUCCAGGGUUCAUCACUGCUGCCUGUCAAAGUGGAGAGAAAGAUCACGCUACUGGCACGCAACCUGCACCUCUACCAGGACUCAGAUCUGGACUACGAGUGUGUGCUGGUCAUCGAGGGGCAGACUGUGGUGGUGGACGCCUACGUGGAGAUGGACGACACAAAUCCAUCGAACUAUGACAUCACCUGUCAACUACACCAGUACACAUACUCUGCUCCAGUAGAGGAGUACAAUGCCAUGGUGUAUGUGAAGAGGAGGGACACCUUCCAUGUGGACAGCUCUCCUGAUCUCUACGUGACUCUGUAUAACUGCUCUGUGGGACGCUCCGACUGCAGCCGCUGCCACACAGCCGACCAGAAGUACGGCUGUGUUUGGUGCAGCGGUGCUCACGCCAGCUGCCUGUACUCAGACUCCUGCAGUGAACCGGUGCAGCAGACGUGCCCCGCUCCAGUCAUCCACUCUAUCGAGCCUCUCUCUGGCCUGCUGGACGGCGGCACCCCGCUGACGAUCUCCGGCUCCAACCUCGGCCAGAAGGCUGAAGACAUCCUCCAAUCUGUGUUAGUCGCUGGGGUUCCCUGCACCGUCAUCCCCCGCCUUUAUGAGGUCUCCUCCAGGAUUGUGUGCAGGACCGAAGCGAGUGGAGGAGAGAAGAUUGGCCAUGUGUCUGUUAAAGUGAGCGGAGGAGAGUUUGGCAUUUCCAGCCAGACAUUCAGUUACCAGGACCCGUUUGUGAUGGGUGUGUCUCCUGAGCGAGGGCCCAAAGCUGGAGGAACGACCUUGACGAUCACUGGCCGACACCUUCUGACAGGACGUCCCUCUGACCUCAGCAUCACUGUGGGAGGGGUCUCCUGUAACAUUGUGUCGGAGGUGCAGAGGUCCAGUGUUCAGUGCGUGACAGGCAGCAGUAAUAAGACCGGAGAUCACCGGGUCACCCUGCAUUACCACAGCAGCCAACGCCACCUCAACACCCCUGCCUACCGCUACACCAACAACCCCAACAUCACCCACGCCAUGCCUGCAAAGAGCUUCCUGGAUGGUGGGCGGCAGAUCUUUGUGUCAGGCCACAACCUGGAUGUGGUGCAGGAGCCGAGGAUGGUGGUGACGGUCUCCCCGUUAGAGUCUCUCCAGAAUAAAGGCAGGAAGCGACGGAGGAGGAAGAGGAGGAGUGGAGAGCAGCAGGAGGGAAGCAGAGGGAAGACUUUGGAAAGGCCAGUGAGGAUGCUUCCUGACCAUAUCUGUCCUGGAGACCCGCUGUGCUCUGUCAAACAGUUUGUGGAGCGCUGCGAGGUCAACUCCUCCACCCUGAUCUUGUGUCGCUCCCCCGUGGUGGACUCGUCCGUCUGGGGUUCAAAGGUCACGGUGGAGUUUCUGCUGGACAACCUGCGCUUUGACUUCAGCGGCCUGAGCACCCAGACCUUCAGCUACGAACCCAACCCGGUCCUGAGGCCCCUGAACCAGCAGGACCCGGUGAAAGCCUACCGCUACAACCCCGGCAGCUUCAUCCAGCUGGAGGGUGAAAACCUGGAUCUGGCCAUCACGAAGGACGAGGUGGUUGUGUUGGUCGGGGAAGGUGUGUGUGCUGUGAAGACUUUAACUAGAAACCACCUGUACUGCGAGCCUCCACCUCAGCAGCCUGCGCCGCUUCACAACGGCAAGAAGCGCGAGGGCUCCGACAGUCUGCCCGAGUUCACCGUCCAAAUGGGCAACCUGAACUUCUCCCUGGGAAAGGUUCAGUAUGACAACCUGGGCCUGGCCACCUUUCCCCUCGAGGCUCAGAUUGGAGUCGGCGUCGGGGCGUCGAUUGUAGCUCUCAUCGUCCUCAUCAUCGUUCUCAUUUACAGGAGGAAGAGUAAACAGGCUCUGAGGGACUACAAGAAGGUCCAGAUCCAACUGGAGAACCUGGAGACCAGCGUGAGGGACCGCUGCAAGAAAGAGUUCACAGACCUGAUGACGGAGAUGAUGGACAUGUCCAGCGACCUGGUGGGCACCGGCAUCCCUUUCCUCGACUACAAGAAGUACGCCGAGCGCAUCUUCUUCCCGGGCCACAGAGAGUCUCCUCUGAGGAGAGACCUGGACGUUCAGGAGUGUCGGCGGCAGACGGUGGAGCAGGGUCUGGUGCAGCUGUCCAACCUGCUCAACAGUAAACUCUUCCUCACCAAGUUCAUUCACACUCUGGAGAGCCAGCGGACCUUCUCCCCCAGAGACCGGGCGUACGUGGCCUCUCUGCUGACCGUGUCCCUGCACGGCAAGCUGGAGUAUUUCACCGACAUCCUCAAAACUCUCCUCAACGACCUGGUCGAGCAGUACGUGGCCAAGAAUCCCAAACUGAUGCUGCGACGGACGGAGACGGUGGUGGAGAAGCUGCUGACCAACUGGAUGUCCAUCUGCCUCUAUGCUUUCCUCAGGGACUCUGCGGGGGAGUCUCUCUACAUGCUGUUCAGGGCAAUAAAGCACCAGGUAGAUAAAGGCCCGGUGGACGCUGUGACGGGGAAGGCCAAGUACACCCUUAAUGACAACCGCCUGCUGCGAGAGGACGUGGAGUACAAGACCCUGACUCUGAAUGUCUUGGUUCAGGGCGGAGGAGUGAACGAGAGCCAGCCGCUGCCCUCUAAAGUUUUAGACUGUGACACCAUCACCCAGGUGAAAGAGAAGCUGCUGGAUCAGGUGUACAAGAGCACCUCGUUCUCCCACAGACCCCACGCUGACACACUGGACCUGGAGUGGAGGUCGGGUGUUGCCGGUCAUCUCAUCCUGUCAGACGAGGACUUGACGUCCGUCGUUCAGGGCAACUGGAAACGCCUCAACACGUUACAGCACUACAAGGUCCCAGAUGGUGCGACAGUAGCGCUGGUCCCUCGUCACACUAAACACAUUCACCAUGACAACCACGACUACGUGGCAGGAGAGAAGACUCCGAUGCUGGAGGAUGCGGAUGAAGGCGGAGUCAGGCUGUGGCAUCUGGUGAAAGCCAGCGAGGAGCCCGAGCUGCCCAAACACCGCAGAGGCAGCCUGAGGGAGAGAGAGAGGGCCAAGGCCAUCCCCGAGAUCUACCUGACCCGCCUGCUGUCCAUGAAGGGGACUCUGCAGAAGUUUGUGGACGAUCUGUUCACUGUAAUCCUCAGCACCAGUCGUCCUGUCCCGCUGGCUGUCAAAUACUUCUUUGACCUGCUGGACGACCAGGCGGGACAGCACGGCAUCUCGGACCCGGAGACGAUACACAUCUGGAAGACCAACAGUCUGCCUCUGCGCUUCUGGAUCAACAUCGUGAAGAACCCUCAGUUCAUCUUCGACGUCCAGGCGUCGGACCACGUGGACGCCGUGCUCACCGUCAUCUCCCAGACCUUCAUGGACUCCUGCACCAUCGCUGAGCACAAGCUGGGACGGGACUCUCCCAUCAACAAGCUGCUGUAUGCCAGAGACAUCCCCCGCUACAAGCAGAUGGUAGAAAGGUACUAUGCAGACAUCAGGCAGACCAUCUCAGCCAGUGACCAGGAGAUGAACUCCGCUCUGGCUGAACUUUCUCGGAAUUAUUCUGGAGAGUUGAACUACCUGGUGGCCCUUCACGAGCUCUACAAGUACAUCAACAAAUACUACGACCAGAUCAUCACAGCGCUGGAGGAAGACCCCACAGCCCAGAAAAUGCAGCUUGGCUACAGACUGCAGCAGAUCGCGGCCGCCGUGGAGAAUAAAGUCACCGACUUGUGACAGAGGAAACACCCACCAGAGACGAGUACACAGAGCGGGACGGGAAGUGGGCGGAGGAUGAGGAGACUUGCACCCCCUGCAGGCUGAACUGAAAACAGAAAUGACAGCAGACAGACUAAUGGGAGGAUAGUACUCACCGUCCUCUGUGGAGGAAGAGUUGGAGUCAAAGCAGAGAUUUUGAAGAGAACUUUCUUUUUUUUUUUAACACUGAGGAUCAGAAGAUUCAGUUUGGCAUUGAAGUUCACACCCUGACAUCUUCUAUCCUUGCUUUUGGAGUUGGCUAAGGAUGAACCAGUAUCUUCAGUGUGGACACUGUGAGACCCUCGAUAGAGGAAGAGCAGCACAUGGACACAAAGAAAGGAGGGGUGUGAUACCAGACGAGCCUGCUGUCCACAUGUUCCCUUCAUGAAGAGACUCAUUAAGGAACAUUUUUAUCUACUCACAACACGUGCUGGACGUCAAACUUUAUGGUCUUACACAGCAGAAGAAACCCGCUGAUCCACAGUCAGCUGAUCGGAUCUAAAGACUGAAGAAUCAGAGAUAGAUGCCUCCCCCCCCUUUUUUUUUUUCUCCUAAAACUCUGGAGUGAAUUUUAUGAAGCGGUACCUCUUAUGCCUUUUGUGCUUGUCACUGCUGUACGGUCCAAAGUGAUUUCUCUGCGUGUGUGUGUGUGUGUGUGUGUGUGUGUGGUGAUUUGUGUGUGUCACCAUUUAUCCGUGUUGCCCUGGUAAUCAAUCUACAUCUGAUGUUUUCAGUUUUUCUUGCUUCUAGUACAAAGUAGUGGUUAUUAUAUUUUAAGAUGUCAGCAGUAUUCAGAAAACAAUGAACUCAGAUGGUUUCAACAGACAGAUUUUUACACACGUCUCACCAUUCAAAUUUUUAAACUCCGAUAUCUCACUCUGAUCAUUUUGUUCUGACUUUUUUUAACUGAUUUUUAUUUAUUUUUUUAAAUCAAAUUUCAAAUAUUGAGUUUAAAGUGAGAACCCUGAUAAUAAAGUCAGACGUCUGAUGAUAAGUAAAAGAAAGUCAACAUGUGUCGGAUAAAGGCGACAUGUUGAGAUUACAUUCAGAAUUUCAACAACAAAGUAAGAUUUUUAAGAAUAACGGGAAAAUAUGAAGUAAAAGAAGUAUAAAAAAUUUUUAAGUCCGCUAUGUGACUCCAAAAAAAUCUAAAUUCUGACUCUUUUAUUCCUUUUUAACCAUUGUUUUUAUUUGUUUUUCUUCUAAAAUUAAAGAAAUCAUUCAGACUUUAAAUGUUUUACUUAAAUACUUUUUCUUUACAUAUGACCCUUAUCCUCCUCCAUAGUUUUUUUUUUUCUGGACACGGGCAUGUGUUUAAGAGUGAAACCUGGGUCACAUCCAUUUCUACGAGCCCCUUCACUGAAGGCUGAACGCUGGGACUUGAACAAGUCAGUGCCGCUCUCUACCUCUGAAUACUAAACUUACUUCUGUUGACCCAACACAACACUGCUGCGAACAUUUCUAACUAUUGGAGAAACAAAUGACUGAUCUGUCUUUCUGCACAUAGACAUCAGCUAGACACACCUGCACACACACUCACACACAUUUCAAACAUGUCUAGUGUAUCUUCUCCCUUUGUGUGAAACUAGAAAUCACAAUCUGCUCGUCUAUCGAGCAUUUUAAGGUACUUAAACCAGACUGAGUGACUGUUUUUUUUUUUUGUUUUUAUUGUUUCCUGCUUUUCUACUUAUUCAUGUGGAUGUGGCUGUAGUGUACACGUCACUGGAAAGAUGUUUGGGGGAAAACUUCCAUGAAGAAGUUCGUCUAAAUGAAGUGCAAACCGCUGUGUUUUAUAGUGCACGUCAGUGAUACUCUUAUUUUGUACAUUUUUAACAUUCCUUUUAGACCUUGAAUCCUCUUCCACUCCCAAGCUUGAGGUGUCGGUACGUAUUGAAACGUUUUGGUGUUGUCUUUUAUUUGAACGCGAGGUGGCACUGCGUCAUCCGCUGAAGGGUCUGUAUGGUCCAGUUGUUACAGGUUGGCAUUAAUCAUAUUCCUGCUGUUUUCACACUGUUCUGCUUUCAUUUGGAGCACAGAGGCCUAUUAAACAUGAGCUCAUGUUUGCUUUUUUAUUUGACAGGACAAAGACUGAGAUGGUUUCAGGGUGAUUAUCAGGGCUGGGUAUGAUGGGAUGUUUGUCGUCUAUCCACUGACUUAUACACAACCUCUGACAUGUAUGAGUACACAACAGUAUCAGCAGCGAGUUAAUCAAGUUUGCAGGAUGUUUACACUUUUUUUUUUAAGGUGCAAUAAUCACACAAUAUCCAUAAGAAACCCAGACUGAGAUUCUGACCCAUUUAAGUGCCAAAUUUGGUUCCAGCUGUUGUAUUCAGAGCUGUUGACACAGUUUAGUCUCCUCUAAAUAAGUAAUGAGGCUUCAUACCCAGCCCUAGUAGAGAGUAACCCAACAGGAUGUGAGUGAAAAGAUUCACUCGGUCUCAUUUCUCUGCCCCUCCUCCUCCUCCUUCUUGUGUGUGUGUGUGUUUGGCCUAAAGUGUGUCAUUCCCAGGACCCGUGCUCAGCGUCACCUAUAGGUUCAUACAUGCAUCCUUCAACACGAGUUCAGUGUCGCUAAAGUCGGCGCUCUCUGAGGAACAAAACUAUAACUGUUGUAAAAAUUUGGCAAUGUAGAGCAGGCUCUGCAAGGAGCAGUUUUAAGGAUAUUUUGUGUGUUAAUAUCAUUGUACAUACUGAUUUGAAAAUGUAACUGUAGUGAUUUAACCGGUUUAAUAAGAGAAGGGGCAACUUCUCACAGAUGCUGAUGUAAUAAAGUAUUCUUAAAAUGUG